ACGUCGACAAAAGUUAAUUUUCGUCGGUGAUUAUACAGAAUAUGGUGCAGUUUUUGCCGCAAAACGUCGGGUGGGUAGCUAGCUAGCCUCGUUCUCAAGAGUCCGCCCCGCUCCUCCUCUACUCCGCUUAGCUCUAUAUUAAUCCCAGGUCUGCCACCGGCGUCCAAUUAAUCGCCAUCUGCGGCCCAGGCGGGCCCAUUGACGUUCGCUCUCUGGUGAGUCUCUCUCUACCGUCUAUCCCAACCCGACCUUCGCGUCCGCCAUCUCCGACCAACCUCUCCAUCCAUCUGGGCCAACCCCUCAGUCCGGCCAUCGACCCUAAUAUUUUUGUGUUUUCUUGGUCUUAUAGGUUUGUGGAACCUGUAAAUUCUCCUCAUCAAACAUUGAAAUCUGCUCAUCUUGGUUGGACCCCUGCUAAAAGGAGCCAACUUCAAGCUGAAGAUAGAAGAGGUGAAGGUGGUUCUCUUCAAGAGUUCAAACAUGGAGAACCCAGAAAGACAUGAGAAUUCAGCACAAUGGCCUUUGCUUCCCAAAGAUCUGCUCCAGAAGAUCGCUGACCUGUUGCUUGUCAACAUCAUUGACUAUGUUCGAGUCCGUGCCGUUUGCAAGUCAUGGCAAUCUAGGAUAACAGAUCCACAACAAUUAAAGUCACCUUUACCCCCCCAGCUCCCAUGGCUGAUGCUUAAGUUUGAUUAAGACAGCAAAGAUGGAACUUUCUACCGUCUCUCCGAUGGCAAGGAAAUCAAACUCACCCUUCCAGAGGCUUGGGACAAUCGAAUCGUUGGAUCCGCCAAUGGGUGGCUAGUUUUGGUUGACUCAACUACGGUGAUCCAUCUUCUAAAUCCAUUCACAAGGGCCCAAAUCCAUCUUCCACCAAUGGUCCUGCUGCCCCAACUAGAUCUUCGACAAGAUGCCAGGGGGAAUACGACAUCGUUGAUUCUGAUGAUGAGUUUGUCAUUGAGUACUCAUUUGGUGGCAGGGAAGGCAUGGCUGCAGGUGAUGUGAGGGAUCUACUCUUGACAAAGGUUAUCAUGUCGGCGGAUGGAACAGUGGCAGCCAUCAUCAGUCUAUUGCAUUGGCUGGUGUUUGCUGAAGCAGGGGAUGAUAAAUGGACAAUGGUGGAUGAGGCCUCUGUCUGGACAGACGUCCUGCACUACAGGGGCCAGUUCUAUGCAGUAGAUAAUUUUGGCAAUGUGUUCAUGUGUGAGCUCAAGCCACUGGUUAGGGUGACACAGAUUGCCUCGGCUCUAGUGGCAAACAAGGCUUACCGGUGGUAUCUUGUGGAAUCCCUGGGGGAGCUGCUCCUGGUUGCUAGGUAUAUGACCGACAAGCCGCGACCCUUCCCAUAUGCCUAUGAGACCAAGAAAUUCGAAGUUUUUAGGAUUGAUCAGAAGAAAGAAACUAAGUUAGUUAAGGUAGAAAGUUUGGGUGACCGCAUGCUGUUUUUGGGCACAGUUCCAUCUUUCUCGCUCUCUGCUGGGGACUGCCCUGGAUUUGAGGGAAACCGCAUUUAUUUUACUGCUUCUUGUUUUGACAUCUUCUUUGAUGGUAAUCAUGGGAGCAAUGAUUUUGGUGUGUUCAAGGAUGGCGGUAUACAACCACUUCCACGCUUUGACAGUACUUCUCUGGUCGUUUGGCCACCAGCAAUCUGAUUCACACCCAGUCUGUCUUAAUAUUUCUUCUAGUGUAAACUUUUGUAUGAUUAGUUCUUCAUGAAAGUUGGUUGGCGAUUCGAGUAUUGACAAUAACUUGUGACAGAGUGAUCAGUGACAGAUGUUAAUGUACUUGCUGUUACUAGUAUUUUGCUUUGAUAGUUUGGCU